AUGGUCGGCGCAAUAACCAGCCAACCCGCCCCCCGGCGCGCACGCAUCGCAAUAACACUCGGCGACCCCUCAGGAAUCGGCCCAGAACUAAUCGCAAAACUCCUCAGCAACGCAGCAAACCGGCAGCGCGCAGAUAUCGUCCUCCUCGCAGACAAAUCCGAGCUCGAGUCCGCCAUAUCCGACGCCGGGGGCGUGGACAUCGCCAUCUCGCCCGCUGACAUCCCCGGUCCAGACGGAAUCCAAGUCCUCGACGAUAACAGCGCGACUCACUUCCCCUCGACAAGAAGCCAAGUAUCCAAAGCUAGCGGGGGUCGGAGUAUGCACCAGCUCCGCCGGGCGCUGAAGCUCGUACAGGCGGGUGAGAUUGACGGGAUUGUAUUCGCGCCCUUGAAUAAGAGCUCGCUGAAACUGGCGGGGAUGAGCGAGGAGGAUGAGUUGCGGUGGUUUGCGAAUCAGUUGCAGUUUGAUGGCGUGACGAGCGAGAUUAAUAUCGCCGGUGAGCUUUGGACGGCGAGGGUUACCAGUCAUAUUGGCGUUGAGGAUGUGGCGGGGAGGAUUACGAAGGAAUCUACGCUGAAAGCUAUUGAGCUGCUUCAUAGAUUACGGUGGGAGUCUGGUAUCGAGUCCCCCCGUCUCGGCGUGUGUGCCCUAAAUCCACAUAACGGGGAGAACGGGGCAUUCGGACGGCAGGAGAUAGAACAUAUCCGGCCAGCUGUGCAAGAGGCCGUGGAACUCGGGAUAAACGUGCAAGGCCCGUUCCCAUGCGACACGAUAUUUCUCAAGAGAGAGCACUUCGACGGUAUUGUCACGAUGUACCACGACCAGGGCCAGAUUGCGAUGAAGUUGCUUUCAUUUGACGGCGGGGUCACGGUGCAGGGGGGACUGCCGAUUCCCGUUGCCACGCCGGCGCAUGGGACGGCGUUUGAUAUUGUAGGGAAGAAUCUGGCGGCGGUUACGAGUACGCAGAAUGCGUUUGAUGUUGCGGUUACGAUGGCGGAGAGGAGGGUUCUUAAGGAAGAGGGUCUUGUUCCUGAGAAGCCUGUUACGAAUGGCGUGUCUGUAAAGGCAGUUACUGUGCUUAAUACGUCGUGUUGCUAG